UCUUUUUUUCUUUUUCUUUUUUUUUUUUAAUUCCGAACCGCUUUUUAAAGUAAGAGGUAUUUUCAACAAGACAACACAUGACGUCCGUGGUUUGCGUGUAUCGCAAGAAACACGAGGGCGAGUACAAAGUUGGACAUGCUUUCAUGCGUUAAAUAGGCUAGUAUUUUCACCACCACAAAGAGGGGUUACAGUCUCUCACAACUUCUCCCGUGGUUCCCUUUUCGGCUUGUUGGACUGGAUAUUAUUUAUUUCGGGACUAGUUUUGUGAAACGGAUCCGGAGGGAUUUUUUCUCGCUCAUUUGGAAACGUGCCUCUUAUAAAGAAAUCACUUACAUAUGAUCCACUAGCAGAACGGGCUAUAACGUUUAUUGAGGAGGAAGUGUUUUGCUGCGAGAUGAUGACAGAGGUCAGGCUCAGCUAAUGGGCGACUGAAGAGGAGAGGAGGCGAGGCACAGACCAGGAACACACAUUAAUACACGAGUGCUAUCACCAAUCAGCAUAGGGAAUUAAAAUUUUCCACCCGAGAUCAGUUGGAAACUAUAAAAGACAAACUGUCUGAGGACGAUUUUUCAGAACUUCAGAGUCUUCUCCUUAUUGUAAACGAAGUAUAUCAGCGAGGAUACGAAGGUUGUUGGAACUAUGCCUCAAAAAGAUUACUAUAACCGGGCCACGUGGGAGUCUGGCGUCGCGUCCAUGAUGCAAAACAAGGUGUAUGACAUCUGUAACGAAGGUCACAGUGGAGUGAACCAGCUCGGCGGUGUGUUCGUCAACGGCAGACCGUUGCCAGACUCCACGAGACAGAAAAUAGUUGAACUCGCUCACAGUGGCGCGCGGCCGUGUGACAUAUCCCGGAUUCUGCAGACCCAUGCUGAUGCAAAAGUCCAAGUGCUGGACAAUGAAAACGUGUCGAACGGCUGCGUGAGUAAAAUCUUGGGUAGAUACUAUGAAACGGGCUCCAUCAGACCCAGGGCGAUCGGAGGAAGUAAACCAAGAGUAGCGACCCCCGAGGUGGUCGGCAAAAUUGCCCAGUACAAGAGGGAGUGUCCGUCAAUCUUCGCGUGGGAAAUCCGAGACAGGCUGCUAUCAGAGGGGGUCUGCACAAACGAUAAUAUACCCAGUGUGUCAUCGAUAAACAGAGUACUGCGCAACCUGGCUAGCGAAAAGCAACAGAUGGGAGCAGAUGGCAUGUAUGAAAAGCUGAGGAUGCUGAACGGUCAGACCGGCACGUGGGGGACCCGGCCGGGCUGGUACCCCGGAACCUCGGUGCCAGGACAGCCCAAUCAAGACGGCUGCCAGCAGUCAGAUGGAGGCGGUGAGAACACAAACUCAAUAAGCUCCAAUGGAGAGGAUUCAGAUGAGACCCAAAUGAGGCUUCAGCUAAAAAGAAAACUCCAAAGAAAUCGCACAUCUUUCACACAAGAACAAAUAGAAGCACUUGAAAAAGAGUUUGAGAGAACGCACUAUCCUGACGUUUUCGCACGAGAGAGACUAGCUGCAAAAAUAGAUUUACCAGAGGCAAGAAUACAGGUAUGGUUUUCGAACAGAAGAGCAAAAUGGAGGAGGGAGGAAAAGUUAAGAAAUCAAAGAAGACAAGCCACAAACUCUUCGAGUCACAUACCCAUCAGUAGCAGCUUCAGCACUAGUGUUUAUCAGCCAAUCCCUCAGCCCACAACGCCAGUAUCCUUCACAUCAGGCUCUAUGUUGGGAAGAUCAGACACAGCCCUCACAAACACAUACAGCGCCCUGCCACCAAUGCCAAGUUUCACCAUGGCUAACAACCUUCCUAUGCAACCCAGCCAGACCUCAUCCUACUCCUGCAUGUUGCCCACUAGUCCUACGGUGAAUGGGCGGAGCUAUGACACAUACACCCCACCGCACAUGCAAGCACAUAUGAACAGCCAAUCAAUGGCCCCCUCAGGCACAGCCUCAACGGGUCUAAUCUCGCCUGGAGUUUCUGUACCAGUCCAAGUACCAGGCAGUGAGCCAGACAUGUCGCAGUACUGGCCCAGAUUACAGUGAGAAAAAGUCAUACGAGGGCAAAAAAGAAAAAGAGGAAAAAAAGAGCGAGAAGCUUCUCCACCUCCUGAUGUCUUUCGGCUUCAAGGCAGGGCUGUUCAGCAGUAUUUUACUAUGGAAGGAAAGGAGGAGACUCUAAAGGACCUUUUUGUACGGGGAUUGUGCCACUUCUCUAUCAUUCUUUGACACAAAGACUUGAAGAAUAAAAGAGAACAGACUUCUGUAAAGUGCCCGGUGUUAUAUCGUAAAAUGGAAAAAGAAAAAAAUCUCUGCUUUUCAGUUUCCAACCCAAGUCAUUUUGAUGUUUUUGUACAUGUAAUGGCCAGUUGUAUCUUAAGACAAAAAACAACAAACAAAAAGGAAAAACAAAAUUGAACAACCGUGGAUGGACUGUCAAACCAAGUUGGUCUUACAUCGGUGAAGAGGAAGAUCAUUCGUGCAGGCUUAUUCUUCAUUCUUUUUUCUUCAUCAGCUGAUAUCAAGAACUCCCCAUUUCCGUUUCAGAUGUGGACAUGUAGAAACAAAUGAUAUCUGUAUCAUUUCAAAACAAAAAAAAAGCAAAUUUAAAGGAAGCCAAUCCAGAAUUUGUCUUCCAAAGCUUGCAGACAAGAGUAAGCUACUUGUUGAUCAUGGUGACUGCUGAACUGGAGAAGGAAAAUGUUUGCUAGUUUAAAACGGUAGAUUGUGUCUUCGGUAUAAUUCAGUUUUGUUUAUGUCAAAAUGUAAGUAUUUGUCUUCCCUAGAAGUCUCUCAGAACAAUUUCUAUAAUAAAAUUAAUUUCAUUUUAUAA